AUGCCAUCCUCCCGCCGAGGGGCCGCCGGCUCACCGCCGCCGAACUCCGGGCCGCCACCCGAAAUCCUGCACCAGCUCGGCCGGGCCGUGCUGUCCUACACACUCAAGAAACUGAACGAGCAAACGACACAAGGCGGCCCGCGAGAACAGAGCUCGCGCCGCAGAUCAAGCCGCAGCAGAACCAGAGAUGCCUCACGCGGAGGCGACCGCGCCAGCAGCCGCGGCGGCGACCUGCCGCGAAGCGACAGUAGCGACAUGCACGCCCUGAUCAGCCAGCUCGCAGUCGGCCUCUGCGCCUUCGGCAUCCGCCACCUCAUCCGGCGCAGGCGGGAGGCCAAGAGGCGGGCGGCAGCCGAAGGCGCCGCCGGGGCGGCCACCACAGCAAGAGACGUCCGCAGCGGCCGGGGUCAGAGCCAGGGCCAAAGGCAGGGCAGGCAGGGCUCGGCCGCCGUCGACCCGGAGCUAUCUGCCGCGCUGGACACGGUCACGCGCGAGCUGAAGGGCGCGUCCGAGUCAAUCCGGCGGCUGGCCCGCACCGCGCCGUCGCACCGGCGCUGCGACGUGCGCGACGCCCUGGUGGCCGAUGCCGAGCGGCUGAGCGGGUCGCUGGCCAACGUGCAGGCGAGCAUCCACAACAUGCGGAACCUGCAUCCGGCGCUGGACCGCGGGAGCCGGCCACGCGAGAGCGUGCGAGGGACGCGGCCGGACGCACAACAAAGGGCCAGGACGAAGGCCGAGAGACUGAGCACGAGGGAGAACACGGCGAGGAGCAGGGGGUCCGCGCGAAUGGAGGAGCGGGCGAGCGGCGAGAGCGACGGGAGUCGCUGGGAGCGCAGCCGACGCCGCGGCCUGCCUGCCGAGCGGCACAGGAGCCGUCCAGGCAGCCGGGAGAAAGACGUGCGAGAACGCCGAUGGCAGAAGUAG